CAUUAUGAGUUUCCCGGCAGUAUAGUUUUACUUGCAAAAUGAAAAGGUUGUUUUAUGCGUUACUAGUGGUUGCUGUGGCGAGGUCGUAUGCCCACAGCCACAACCAUAACCACAACCAUGACCAUAAACAUCAUAACCACAACCAUCGAGAUGUAACAGAACCAAAGCAGCCCAUAGUAGUGUCGCCCUCUGGUGAGUUCCGUGGCAGCUACAACACAACACGACGCGGUCGCCAGUUCGAGUCCUAUCGAGGUAUCUAUUACGCUGAACCACCGGUCGGAGAACUGAGGUUUCAGCCACCAAAAUUAAUUCUCGAAUACAAAACUCCAGUGGACGCUAGUGAAGAUGGCCCAGCCUGCCCUCUGAUAGCCCCUCCCGGUUACCCGGUGGAUGAGAACUGUCUCACGAUUAAUGUCUACACGCCACUUAAAAAGGACAGGUCCAAACCCUUACCCGUUAUCUUAUUCAUACAUCCCGGAGGAUUUUACUCGAUGACGGGGCGAAGUGAUAUCCCUGGCGCACACUAUAUGCUGGACCGUGACGUUGUACUAGUCACCAUCAAUUACAGACUUGGCUCGCUCGGUUUUCUGAGCACUGGUGACGAGCUAGCUCCCGGUAACAACGGUUUUAAAGAUCAAGUUGCAGCACUCAAAUGGGUCCAACGCAACAUUGCCUCAUUCGGUGGAGAUCCCAACUGCGUUACUAUAACUGGCACCAGCGCUGGAUCUACAAGCGUGAUGUUGCAUAUGAUUUCUCCUAUGUCCAAAGGUCUUUUCCAUCGAGGUAUUUCUAUGAGCGGGUCUCCGUUCUACAAGGGCCCUACUCCAGACAACAUGUACCGUUUAGCUGUUAGACAGGCUGAAAUAUUAAAUUGUCCCACAAACAAUUCUAAAGUGAUCAUUGAUUGUCUUAAAACAAAACCUUGGAUGGAAUUAGGGACUUCAUUGCGAGGAUUCUAUGAAUUUGGUUUUGAUCCCGUUGGAAUUUGGAUGCCGAUUAUCGAGAGAGAUUUUGGUCAAGAAAGGUUUAUGCCAAUCGAUCCAGUGGACGCAAUUCGCGAAGGAAAAAUGCACGCUGUUCCUCAUAUCAUUAGUCAGACGGAGGAUGAGUUCUUCUGGAUGGCAUUUACGGUUUUGAAAAACAAAACUCUCACUGAUACAAUGAAUGCUGAAUGGGAAAGAGUCGCUCCAAUCUCAUUUAUGUUGAAUCGAGAAAACGCUACAUAUCCGACACGAAGACUACGCACCGCAUACCUGCAUGACAAACCGCUUAAGAACGAUGCAGAAAGUGCUAAAAAUCUUGGUUUAUUAUACCAGGACUCCAUUGAAAGCUUCCCUGUACACAGGAUGGCGAAUCUUAUGUGCCGUCACUCUCCACACCCUGUUUGGUACUACCUGUUCAGCUAUGUCGGCAACCACAGCUUCUACGAAGAUCCUGUCACUAAAAAACCAGUUGCCGCAGCACAUCACGAUGACUUGAUUUACUUGUUCCCCUUGAGCUUCCAGUUCCCCGGCAUCUCCACCGAGGGUCGCGACGCGGUACUUGUGGACAGGAUGACGGGAAUGUGGUACAACUUCGCAAGAUUUGGGGACCCAAAUCCUCGAGGAGAUGUUCCCGAGCUGGAAGGUCUUCAAUGGCCAGCCAUGAAGCCAGAAGAUCGCAAGUACUUGCGCAUUGAUGACGAAUGGACCGUUCACAGCAACAUGAAGGAAGAAAGAAUGCAAAUUUGGGAAGAGUUAUACCCAAUCAAAUAUUGCAAAACAAGCCACAAGAUGAGACGGUGGUUGAAUUAUAUUAUUGUAAUAGUGUGCGUUGGUAUCGGUGCAUAUUCACAAGAUCACACUCUUACACACCAUGAAGGCCAGAGCUUAGGGGAGCCAAUAGAGUCUCAUCAGCCCUCAGUACUGUCUCCUUCGGGAGAAUUUCGUGGAGGUUAUAAUGUGACUCGUCGUGGUCGAAAGUUCGAAACUUACCGCGGCAUACGUUACGCUGAGCCGCCGAUUGGGAACCUAAGAUUUCAGCCUCCUAAACUAAUCCUUUACUACAAAAGUCCUGUCGAUGCUAGUGAGGAUGGCCCAGCGUGUCCUCAGCCUACCAGACCGGGAUACUACGUUGAUGAAGACUGUCUAACUAUUAACGUUUACACUCCUCUUAAGGAGAAUAGAUCACAACCGUUGCCUGUAAUUUUCUACAUCCAUGGUGGUGGAUUUUACUCAUUAUCAGGUCGAAGUGACCGGGCUGGUCCUCACUACCUGCUUGAUCGAGAUAUCGUGCUUGUUACUAUCAACUAUAGACUUGGCUCGCUUGGUUUUCUUAGCACAGGCGAUGAAUUGGCUCCUGGAAAUAACGGUUUGAAAGAUCAAGUGGCAGCACUAAAAUGGGUGCAGCGUAACAUUGCUGCUUUUGGUGGUGAUCCUAAUAGUGUUGCUAUUGCAGGCUGCAGCGUUGGCUCCAAAAGUGUGAUGCUACAUAUGAUUUCACCCAUGUCAAAAGGUCUUUUUCAUCGUGGCAUCUCAAUGAGUGGGUCACCGCUUUAUCCGUCGCCUUCACCAGAUAAUUUGUACAAUCUGGCUGAGAAGCAAGCACGCGUACUGAACUGUCCCUCUGACAAUUCUAAAGUUAUCGUUGACUGCCUGAAGACGAAAACAGCACGAGAGCUCGGAGACUCUUUAAAAGGAUUCAAUGAAUUUGCCCACAACCCUAUAGUGAUUUGGUCGCCUGUAGUAGAAAAAGACUUUGGCCAGGAGAGGUUUUUGACAAUGCAACCACUUGAUGCUAUCAGAGAAGGAAAGAUGCACGCGGUCCCUCACAUCAUCAGCCAAACGAGAGAUGAGUUCUUUUGGAAAGCUUUCACCAUAUUAGGAAACAAGACAUACAUGGACCAAAUGAAUGCAGAAUGGGAUAAAAUAGCACCAAUAACAUUCAUACUGCCAAGAGAAAAUUCAUCAUAUGCCACCCAGAAACUAUUCUCAGUGUACCUUAACAACCAGCCCUUACGGAAUGACUCUGAGAGUGCUAAGAAUCUGGGCUUGUUAUUCCAGGAUGGAGUCGAAAGUUUUCCAAUUCACAGGAUGGCAAAUCUAAUGUGUCGCCACUCACCUCAUCCGGUUUGGUACUAUGAGUUCAGCUAUAUAGGCGCCCACAGCCAUUACGAAGAUCCCGUCACUAAGAAACCACUUGGUGUUGCUCACCACGACGAUCUGAUUUAUCUAUUUACGUUGAGCGCUUUCCCUGCAAUCUCAACUAAAGGACGCGAUGCCACACUCGUUGACAGAAUGACCGCCAUCUGGUACAACUUUGCUAGAUACAGCGAUCCAAAUCCUCGUGGCGACCUUUCCGAGUUGGAGGACUUAAAAUGGCCGGCCAUGACACCAGAUGACCGCAAGUAUCUGCGUGUAUCAGACGAUCUCACCGUACACACCAACUUGAAUGAAGACAGAAUUAAAGUGUGGGAAGAGUUGUAUCCAAUUCAAUAUUAACAUAUUAAGUGUAUUAUAUUAAUAAAUUAUUUACUAAAUUAAAAA